UGGCAGCUUAGUGUACUUGAUUUGUACAUUUCCUUCUUCAUCACAGAAGACUAGUGUGUAAAAUAAAUGUAACUAAUGAACUAGAAACGAAAAAAUGUGCUAAAAAAUGCGCAUUACGCAUAAGAUUAGUAUUGUUUAUACACGUUGCAUCUUUAUUAAACUGAGUGACAUAGAAGAAAGAAAACUAAACGAGGUGGCAAAAAUUUCUCAAUGGAAGUCUCAGCCUCCCCUAGCUUCCCCCUAGCUAGCCCUCUCUAGGGGUCAUAAAACGUCGAGAAAAUAUUAAAAUCGCCCAAUGGACUCGAUUGCUGUUGUCACGACUGAGAUUUCUAAUGCUACGAGGGGCUAUAUCAAGAUGACGAGAAGUGGUUACACGUGUGUUAGACAUUUAUUUUGUUGGCUGAAUGUAUUACUGUGGAUUACAGGUUGUGGAGUUUUGGGAGUCGGAAUAUGGUUAAGAAUAGCGUAUGAAGGUUACGCUUCUUUGUUACCCCAAUAUGCGUUACUCAGUGCCGACUCUUUAGCAAUAGUCGUUGGAACGAUCACAUUUAUUUUGGCAUUUUUGGCGUGUUGUGGCUCGUGGUUUCAAAGUAGAUGCAUGCUUGUUACAUAUUUCAGUUUAGUUGUCUUCAUGUUUAUAGCUGAAUUUCUUGUUGGAUCUUUGGCAUUUGUAUUUAGGGUUUCCUUGGGGCAUACAUUUCGACAAGAACUGCAAAAUGGUCUUUGGCAUCAUUAUAAUGUUACGGCCAGGGGACCAAACAGUUUAGUUACUAUUUGGGACAAUCUUCAGUCGGAAUUUAAAUGCUGUGGAGUUAAUAAUUACGAAGACUGGUUUUUAAUAGACGCUUGGCCCAAUAAAAACUGGGUUCCUGAUACAUGUUGUAUACCCUCAAAACUGGAAGAAGACUGUGGUCAGUCUGGAAAUGCUGACAUAUUUUAUUCAACUGGUUGUUAUCAUCAAAUUCACAUGUGGUUUGUGCAAAGACUUCAUAUUGUAGGAGUAGUUGGUCUAGUUGUUGCAUUUAUACAACUAUUUGGACUGAUCUCAUCAAUGCUUUUGUUUUGUACUGUGAGACACAAAAGAACAUCUCGAACGUAUAAAUCAUAUCAGACUCAUGCAUAGUUUUGAAGUGUUAUAAUAUUCAUCAAGAAUUUACCCCGUCUAACUGACUUUAUACACAGAAUCUGUAUAAUUUAGAUCUGAAUAUUUGUCACAAUUAAAUGUGACUUUGUAGAUGUUGUUAUACUCGAAACGAAUAUUUAGAAAUUUUGAUUCCACUACUGUAAAGCAGGUCUCAAAAACUUCUUGACAACAUCUACAUACAUCUAUGACGAAGUUCUAAGUAGCAUUGGUGUUUUUCAAUUUGCUUGAUUGUUUUAUUACUUCACUGUUUCUCGCGUAGCGAGAAAAAGAAGGCUAAAUCCAUUGAUACUACUUAUGCAUGUUAAGAUUUUAACAAAAACAUUUUGUGUUCAAAUAUCAUCAACGAAUAUUCGAGGUAAAUAUUUUUAAACUUAUAGUAAGUACCGAAAUUGUAAAGAAGAAUAACUUAAACCAAAUUACAGUAUUACUUUAUAGAUAUUAAUGUUUAGGUAAUUAUUAUUGUUGUUUAUUGAUUUUUAAUACUAGCUGUUUGUCUAUAUUUUUAAUUGUUGUCAAUGUUAAGCCGUCUCGCCAUUUAAAUGUAAAAGGUAAAAGUUAAAAAUUGCGCUGAUCACAAAAAUCACUCCUUAAGCACAAUGUUUAGGCCAAUAUGUAAUUAUAAAAAGUGUUGUCUUUAAGAUUUUUUCAUAGGGUUGUUGGUAAGCUGUUAAUGGGUAGUUCAGAGAUGGCCCAAAUAUGGCACCCAAUUGGAGCCCAUGUUUAAGCAAUUAUAUUAGUAUAUAGUCUACAUAUUGACUGAUAUGCAUAAAGUUUAGUACAUAUUUUAUACUGAAAUUUCGAAGUUACUUAGCGUUCAUAUGAAUAAAAAUAAGGUUUAACUUACAAGUAGAUACUUUAUGUUAACUAGUCAAAAAAUUUUAAAAAAUUUAAUUUACUUAAUUUUCUAGUAAAUGGUUAGUCUUUUAUGCAUAAAAAAAGUAUUUACUUGAAAUCAUAAGUAAGAACUCGCAAUUUUUCAAGCUGGUUUUUAGUAAACUUACGUAAUUUAACCGAGCGAAUUAAAUCAAAUUAAAUUUUCUUCAUAGGAGGCUCAGGUUAUUGCCCUUUGGCUGAUAACAUCAUGUAGAGAUCCAAAAAACCCCGUGUAAAAAUAUAUAUUUUAAGAAAAUACACAAGAGAAGUCAUCAUCGAAAGAAGUUUUGAACAAUUAAAAAACGCUUUCCAAUUUUACUGAAUGAUAUAAGAGUUCAUUUGGACAGGAUGCCAAACAUAACAAUUUCAUGCUUUUUCUUUUGCAUGUUCCCAAAUUUCUAAAUGAUAAAAAUAACUUUUUUGGCAUUUUACCCGAAGUAGAUAAAGAAAUUGUCGGAAACAAUGACAACGAUAAUAAAAUUUCAGGCAUAGAACGUAGGGAUGAAUUGUCUCGAAUUUUAUUGGCACUACAAAUACAUCUCAAAAUGAAGAAUUAAAAACUUUUUUAUCUGAUUGUGUACAUCACAGGAAAUAAACAUAAUACUUACUUAUAUCUUAUAUAUGUACCUAAUUUUACGCAUAACCUUGAUUUAUUCUGUUGUUUUGGAAACAUUCUUUUUGAGCAAGCAAUUUGCAAGUUAGCUCUUGCCGAAUGUUUCUGAUCGUUAAAAUUUAACUAUAAUUUACAGAAAAAUGUGAUUUUGGUAUAUAUUAUCUAGAAUAUUCAAUAACAGUUUGGUCUAAAUCGCCAUAAGGUGUUAAAGUAAUGACAAAAAGUCUUAAAAAUUAGUAACGUAACUGGAACUGAGGACAAAAGGGAGUGUACGAACAGUAUCUAAUAAGGUUCUAACGUUUUUCACAAACAAUGUAUGAUCAUCAGACACAUUCUUAAUAUAUUAAUAUAUGGUCGUGUUGAAGUGUCUUAAGUUGUGAUUGUUACACUAAAGUUACUAAUGAAUGUUUCAUUUGUAUUUUGCUGUGGUUUGGAAAACACCUAAUUAAAACAUUUAGUGGAAUGCAGGUAUGACAGGUACCUAAUAUAGAUUAGUUUUGCAUAAAAAAAUCCAAAUUUGAUAGGCACUUAUUAUUGCUUUUGCUGUGAUUGAUAUACGUUUUACUGUUCAACGAAUACCAAAAUAUUACAAUAUAAUUCAAUACUGAACAAAAGUAAAUGUCAGUUCUUAAAUUUGAAAUUAAAUUUAUGUGUAGAUCGCAUUCUACUUGUGGCUUUAACUAAGGUUACUCUGAACAUUUUACGGAUAAAAUAUAGUUUGCUAAUUUUAUUCUGUUGAGAUUGGCCAUCAAAUUAGCUGAGGUUCUAUUGUGUAUAAAGUAAUAAAUUAGAACUAGCGAAUCUUUAUCUUUUCUUAGCAUUGUUUUAUUUGUAGGUAGGUACUGAAUUAAAACAUUUAUUACUGUUGUCAAAGUUGUUAUAUUAAAUAUAUAUUUUUGUAUUA